UUAAGCAGUUUUUAUCGGGGGCUCUAUUGAAAAUGCAGCCGCAGUCCGUACUAAUUGUUCGAGAAAAAUGAACUUGGGCAGCGACUACGCUCACCGGCGUAUGGUGAAAUUUCUGACCGUCACGUUGAUAGUCUUUAUGACCGCCUCUGGACUCCUGGCCAAUCGCUAUCGCUCUGGCAGCCGUGAAAGAUUCCGCUUUUCUAAGGCAUAUCUGGCCUAUGCCCUGCUAUGGACCACUGCAUUCAGCUUGGUUUACGGGAGGCAAAUCUACAAGGACUACCUCCAGGGACAGAUCAACCUGAAGGACGCCAUCACUCUGUACAGCUACAUGAACAUCACGGUGGCAGUUAUCAACUAUGUGACGCAGAUGAUAAUAAGUGACCAUGUGGCCAAGAUGAUGAGCCGAGUUCCCUUUUUCGACACCCUAAAAUCACUUCGCCUGGACAGCAGGUCGCUGUACAAGUCCAUAACCUUGGCCUUGGUAAAGACGAUCGUCUUUCCACUGACCCUAGAGGUGGCCUUCAUACUGCAGCAGAGGCGACAGCACCCGGAAAUGAGUUUGAUUUGGACGGUGUACAGGCUGUUUCCUCUGGUUAUUUCAAAUUUACUUAACAACUGCUACUUUGGAGCAAUGGUCAUAGUGAAGGAGAUGCUCAAUGCCUUGAACGUCCGCUUGGAAUCGCAGUUGCAGGAGGUGAAUCUGCUGCAGAGGGAGGAUCAGCUGAAGAUGUUUACUAAAUACUACAGAAUGCAGCGAUUUUGCUCCUUGGCGGAUGAACUGGACAAGCUUGCGCACCGGUACAAGCUGAUCUAUGUGCACUCCGGAAAGUAUCUGACUCCAAUGUCCUUGUCUAUGAUCCUGUCGCUCAUCUGCCACCUGCUCGGCAUUACAGUGGGCUUCUACAGUCUGUACUAUGCCAUAGCGGACACUUUUAUCUUAGGCAAACCGUACGACGGACUGGGAUCGCUGAUCAACCUGGUUUUCCUGCUCAUCUCGCUGGCGGAGGUCACGCUGCUGUCGCACUUGUGCAACCACCUGUUGGUGGCCACCAGGAGAUCGGCGGUCAUUCUCCAGCAGAUGAAUCUCAGUCAUGCGGACCGCCGCUACCGCCAGGCAGUCCAUAGCUUCACCCUGCUGGUCACGGUGACCAAGUUCCAGAUCAAACCUUUGGGCCUAUACGAACUGGACAUGCGGCUGAUCAGCAAUGUUUUCUCGGCGGUGGCCAUGUUCCUGCUGAUCCUGGUGCAGGCCGAUCUCUCCCAGCGCUUUAAGAUGCUCUAAAUAAAGAAUU